GUCCAGCCCACAGAGGGUCGGAUGAGGAAGAAGCCGCUGCCUCGGUACAUGCACUCACCAGCACGGCGUUAAUAAAAAAAAAAAAAAAAAUCACUUCCGGAAACUGGAGACCAGUUGAUGGAUUCUGACUCUCAUGCAGGCAGUGAGGAUCCAGUGACCUGGAGCAUCAGCAGCAAUGAAGCUUCGACUUCACUUUGUAGUGGAUCCCAUGGGAUGGCUCUGCAUCAGCUUGGUGUUUGGGAUCUGGCUCUAUAACACUUUCUUCAUUCCCAAACUGGUGCUGUUCCCACACUAUGAUGAAGGGCACAUCCCUUGGGCUUUAGUUGUUUGUUAUUACAUAGCAUCGGCUCUCUGUGUAGUGGCGCUGUUCAGAGCUUCCACUGCGGAUCCUGGCCGUCUUCCUGUGGACCCACAUAUACCUCACUCUGAAAGAGAACACUGGGAGUUGUGCAAUAAGUGCAACUUAAUGAGACCUAAAAGGUCGCACCACUGCAGCCGCUGUGGCCACUGUGUGCGCAGGAUGGAUCACCACUGCCCCUGGAUCAAUAACUGUGUGGGAGAAGACAACCACUGGCUCUUCCUGCAGCUGUGUUUUUACGCCCAGGUCCUCAGCUUAUUCACUCUGGUGCUGGACUUUUGCCAGUACUAUUAUUUCCAGCCACUGAGGAGACCAGACCAGGAAAGGUUUACAACACGUCAUGAACUGGCUCUGCUGCGAAUCUCAGCUCUGAUGGGUGUGGUCAUGUUCGGUGGCAUGUCGAGCUUGUUUUACACACAAAUGAAUGGCAUCCUCUCUGACAUGACCACCAUUGAGAAAAUGUCUCAGUUCUCCAGUGAAACAUAUGGAUCAAAAAGAUCGUGGCAGUGGGCGCUUGCCGAAGUUUGUGGCACUCGCUGGAAACUUCUGUGGCUCCUGCCGCUGCGCAGCAGACAGCCUCUCCAGGCCAGCCACCACUACCGCAGCCACGUGUAGCUCUGUGGUAUUCCCUCUGCUGCCUGCACUUUCAGUAGAAGCUGCUACAGUUAAACACUCCACAUACUCCUAAAACAAAUCUGUCUGCUCACCCUCACCGUCCUCUGCUGGGAUACAGGAGCUGGCCUUCAGUUAUGGUUUGUCAGCAGAUACUUUACUUUAACUUUUUUUUUAUUUGCUUAGAUUUAUUGAGUUUUUCCAAAAACAGGGUAACAAACACCUUUUGGAAUGAUGGGGAAAUGUUUUGUCACUAGCCAGUGCUAUUUACAGUAUAUGGAAACCAUCUUUAAUGGUCAUUUACAUUAUGGGGAUGGAAGCAGUGGGACAUCUCUCAGGUUAUGUCAUAAAGAGCCUUUAGUAGUAAUCAACUAUAGAUAGAACAACAGCAGAUCUGUUAGAAAUGUUUUAUUUUUGUAUAAAGUUCGUGCCUUGUUUUGUUUUCUGUACUUUUUAUUUAUCACAUUUACAAAAAAAGUGGUUGUGAGGUAUGCUCACCCCAUAAUGAUUCAUUAAUGCUUUCUUCGAUUGUUUAAUUAGGAUUUUAUCUAUAAUGUGUUGUUUUUAGGAGCAUAAUGCCACUAAGCAAAGUUAAUACCUUGUAUACAGAGAUGUUAUGUAUCUGCAGAGAGCAGUAAAGCAAGAGCAGGCUAAUAUAAUCACUCAUAAAUAGUGGCUUUCAAAGUUAAUCAUACUGUAAAACAUGUGUUUAAUAUUCACUGAUCAGAAGUUGAUGUUUACUUUAUAAUUUUUAUUAAAUUAGGCUGUUGGAGACACGUUGAGUUAGCUGUUGAUCCUGAAGAGUUCAAGGUACAUUCAUGAGAGAGAAAAAAUCCAUCUCUGUCUUAUAUGGUUAUGGGAAAAAACUAAGUACACUACAUCAUUUGCCUAUUUGCCACCACAGCGUUAACAUUAGGUGACUGCCGAUACUUUGACUAGACUGUUUUAGACCAAUUUCUGGAAACCUUUAGCUGUUGGACAGAUAGUCUUACAUUUGACUCUAGAAUACUAUGAUACACAGAGCAGUUUAGGAUCAACUAAAUGACAGAAAGGGGUCCAGGGUUCUUUGUCUAACAAACAAGCCCAAACCAUUGCCUAUUCAACACCAUGCUUCUCAGUUUAUAUGAGGUGUUUGUGCUGAUAAACUUGGUUUUGGUUUUUACCAACAUUGCACUAUGCAUUAUGGCCAAACAUCUCUACUUUGGUCUCGUUUGGGAAAAUGACUUGUUCCUAGGACUCUCGUGGUUAAUACAAAUGCAACUUUGAGGUUUUCUCCUGACAGCUCUUCCAAACAUGCCAAACUUGUUGAGUCUCUUUUAAUUGUCCUGACAUAAACGUUAAUAUUUAACAUAUAUCUGGGGCUUGGAGAGUCUGAGAAGGAGCUCUUGAGUUUUUGGCAAUUUCUCUGAGAGUGGCAGUGAACUUCUAAUAUAUUUUCUGGAAUAGCCACUACCAGGAGGAUUGCUAAAUCUCUUAAAUGUUUUCCUCGUGGGAAUAAUCUUUAUCUUUGUUGAAUGACGGACUUCAAAUUGUUUGGAUGUGUCUUUAUAAUCCAUAUGAGGUUGAUGGGUUGCAACAAUUGCUUCUCCCCACAUACUUGCUGAUGCCAUUGUUCCUUGUCAUUGUGUAAACACACACCAAACAAACAAGCUGCCAAAGCUCAUGCUUUUAUAGAGGUGGUCACACUUGCUGAAACAGCAAAUAAUGCUUAGUUUUUCCCAUGACUGUAUUGACAGUCAUGGAAACUUUAUUUUUCCGCAUGUGAAGGUUCAAUUAGUAUAACAAGUCAGUCUGCUGCUAAAUAGACCUCAGAAUUACUCUAGUUUCUUCAUUCAACAAAUAAAUAUACCAGCCACAUUGGUAAUCUGUUCUUUUAUAUCAAUCUGCUGUAUUAACCAUAGCACUUAGAAAACAGAGUUUGGUACAAAUACUGUGGCUUUUUUGUGGGUUUUGAGACAUUGCAUUUGAGUCAUGUAGCUGCCAUUUAGGUCUAUGUAUCUUAAUAUUUAAAUUUAUAAGUGCAUAUUUAUAUCUCAAAUAGAAAAGCUAGCAGACUAGUAUUGUGGAAACAUACAGAGACAAAGCUGUACCUACAUGUGUUUCUAGAAACAGACAAACAGGAAAGAGAAAAAUAAAUCCAAAUUAGCAGAGCAAAUCUCAACAAACGGUCUAAAAUACAAAAAGUAUUCAUUUUCAACAUUUUGAUAUUAGAGUUUCAGGAAAUAACCUUUUAUUCAUUAAGAGUAAAGGACUGUCAACUCAAUUUAUAUUGUGCCAAUUCACAACAAAUAAUAUCCCAGUACACCUGACAUGUAAUUCAAUUAUAUACAAUCCAAACCCACUCAACUCAAUCUAAAUAUUUUCACUAAAACCCAUUUGGUUUUUAGUAGGCUAGGAGUUGUUAGUAAAAUAAAUUUUUUUUUCAUUAUUUACUUGCUGUAUAGAUCAAUUCAAUUCAAAAAUACUUUAUUAAUCCCAAAGGGAAAUUAAAUGUUGUAGCUCAUUAUGAAGGUUUCCUCAAAGA